CUGCAGCUUGCUUUUUGUCUUCGUCCUGGCACGCGCUCAUUUUACUAUCCACGCUAUUAGUCUGUUUGCCCUGAAGCUGUUCUAAUGAGUUCAAAGUCGCCAGCAGUAUGCUUGAUGCCAGACACUCGGCUACCCUUCAUGGGCUCCCUGGCGUUCAAUCGUAACACUCAAGAGUACAUUCCAUUCCGCACAGAGACUGACGCCAUGCUUGCGAGUCUCACGCUUGCAUAUCGUCUCGCCUCGCCCAUUCUUGCGGUUGUUCUCGCUCUCGUUCGUCAUCCCAAUUUCAAUCCUGCCGAAAUCACCCUGUCCAAGCCAGAGGAUGUUUGGGCGCGUGUGGCAGAGCAUACUGCUGCAAAGCGUACUCACGAGGAUCCAUGCUUUCCUUUUACAUUCCCCCGAGUCAUCCUCAAUGAAGUCGUUGAUAUAUUAGCGGAGGAGAGAAAGGUCCAGUUGCACGUACAAAGAGAUACAGACGGUCCUUACAUGGGACGCAUCGAGUUUGAAAAGACAGACCGAGACCUCCGAAAUAUGAGUUUGGUCUGCAAGGACUGGACUCGACCAGCACAAAAGGCUCUCGGAAAGAUUAUUGCUCUUCAAGACGUCCGCAGUGUACACGUCAUGAAUGCUCUUAAUUCUCCCUUGUUUGGUGCCUGGACUCGUGAAGCUGUCGUAUUCCGACAUAACCGGGAACUCGACGAACGUAGUCGUAGGGAGCUACUCAUCUCGGCCAACGAAGUUUGGAGUCUCAUCGCUCGUUUCGUUACUCGUAUUCCGAACCUUCAGACAAUUUCUCUAUGUGUAGACUGGUUUGAGAUGCCUUUGCGGUAUUUCGCAGAAGGUUUAGAAUACUCGCCGCUACAGGAGAUUCGGCUCGUACAAGCGGGUGACAUCGCACAAUUACUCGGUGCCGUGUGCAAGAAGAUAAAAAAUAUGAAAGUGUUAAAGCAUUUGUACCUUCAAUACUCCGGCGUCGGCUCAGCCUAUACGAAUUUCGUACCCCCGUCAGAAUUGGAAGGAGAGUCGCCACCAUUAUCACUCGAAAAGGUGACAUUGAAGAUAGGCACCGCGAGUGAACUCUCGUUGGCUUACAUUACCUGGUUAACUCGACCGCGGGACGGCGAAAACGGUUUUCGAUUGAAGUCACUGGCGCUCGACCUAUCAUCUUGCUAUUAUAAUGAAAAUAGUUGCUUCAAUGCACUCGCGCCGUGCUUCACUACGCUCCAAGAGCUCGUGAUAAAUGGUUCGGGACUCAGCGAGGGUCUUCUUGCGCGGAUUUUGCAGACAUGUCGUGGAUUAAGGACCUUGACGCUCAUUGUUCGGCACACAUUCGAUAAUAGUAUGGCUAUGGAGCUACCGAAUAGCCUUGAGACGAUGACCAUCAACUCCUCGUUCGAGAAACCGGACUGGGAGCUCUGGGAUGAGCGACUGACAUACUUCUUCGUCAAUCGUGCCCCGCGCAGGCUAAAGCACAUAUCGUCCCAUAUGCUCAGUUACGUUGACCUCAACAACAUCGACAAUACGUAUCCGAUGGCACGUGCGGUGGCAAAGGAACGGGGGAUCUCCUUCGAUUUCUCUUGUGAAAUUAUCAACUCUGGGCGCAUUUUAACUUAGGACCUUGUUUCAUCUCAGCUACUUGCUAUCGUCACCACAAUUGUGUAGGUUACAUGGAGAAUACCCCUGCUCUUACUUUGCACUUAUGAAUUGACGAAUUGACGAUUUACAAUCC